AUGAAGAAGAGAGAAGCUGAUAAGGAGGAAGAACGAGAAGAAGAAGAAGAAGAAGAAGACGACGACGACGACGCCGACGGCGAGAAGAAGACAAAAGACGAGAGCUUCCUGCGCAACGUGUUUCGAGUCUGGUCGAUCCUGACGACGGCCGCUGGAGGAGACGAAGGCGAGACGAGACGAGACGAGACGAGACGAGAGACGGAAAAGGGUCGUCGAAUGCGAGGCGAUGGCGAGUGA